CUUGCGCGACAGAAAACUCCAUUAUUUUUUUUGCUCGGAAUCUGUAAGAAAAAAAAACAGUGGGAAACUGUGAAUUUGGGAUUACAUGGAUCGUUAUGGUUGUCGGAAUACAUUUGGAUGCUAGACGGUUUAGCAGAGCGGAGACCAAAGCAGCGGCUGGAUAACUGUGCACCGGGAGCGGGACAUCCUCCAGUCUUGUUGGGACACUCCAGAAUCAAGCUCUCCCAUCUUCAUCCAAGACCUUACUCUGAUGUGAACUGAACAAAUACAUCUGCAGGUGUCCUCCUCUAAAUUUAAGGAUCUGCCUCAUAGUUUGGGAAAGUCCAGCUGCGCAUCAGGUCAGGUUUUACUGGCAGUCUGUGUGCUUCUAACCCACCAGUAUGUACAUUGGACAGUGGAUACCCUAGCCAAAACAGAUCCUGGCUUCUCAAAGAUGACAAGGUGCUGGCAGGCCGCAGCUACAAAAUGAUGGGAGGCAGUGAGACUGUCAGUGGGGACAAGGAUGAGGUCCACACCGCUGCAAUACACGUCCCCAUCGGCUGGCAGAGGAGAGUGGAGGGCGGGCAUGUGAUCUAUGUCAGUCCCAGUGACACUGCCCUAUCCUCUCUGGACGAGGUCAGGACAUAUCUGUUGACUGAUGGCACCUGCAAAUGUGGUCUUGAGUGUCCACUCAUUAUCCAUAAGGUUUUCAACUUCACUGUGGGAGUGAAGGUGGAGCAGCACAGCCAGCCAUUAGGCAAAGCCGAGCAGGACAUGACCAAACUGUGUAACCAUCGCAGGAAAGUGGUCGCGAUGGCUGCUCUGUGUCGCAGUAUGCAGGCCUCUCAGCUGCCCUAUGCCAACCAUCAUCAUCCAGAGAUGAGCAGUGGAGUGGACAGCCGCGAUUUAAAGCGAGUACUCGUGGAGCGUGAAGAAGAGGAUCAUGGCAUUUACUAUCAUCCCAAACUCCAUCCGGUCCCAGCUCGACCCCACAGCAACCUCCACAUAAACCCCUGUUCCAGCCCCAAAUCCUCCCACCAGUUUAUUUACCCGUACAAUGGUUCCUCCCCUGUCCUUCACACGGGCACAAACUCUCACCAUCCCCUAGAUGCUUUGAGAAGGCUUCAACAUCCUCCUGCCUCCUCCAGCUCUUCCUCCACCUCCUCAUUCCCAGCGUACAGCGCUGCCCAGAGGUCACCCCGAACCCCCACACCUCAAGGUCAAAGAACACCCAAAACCCCGGAGACGCCGGGUUCUCCUCGUCUAGGGCCCCUCUCGUCACCUCCUCCCUCUUCCCCUAUGGGUGGAGGAGGAGGAGGAGGAAGAGGAGCACAGACUCACUCUCAUCAUCCUCAUGGUGUCAUUGUGGGAGGCUCCCCCCUUUCUCCGUCUCCCUCCCUCUCUCCCUCUGUCCAUAACAUGAACUGUGUGUCUCCUCACCAGCGCUCCCGCCACCCUUCAGCCUCUCCUUCGCCUCUCUCUGAUCACGGAGGAGGCUCAGCAGCAGCAGCAGGAGGACUGAUGGGAAGUAACUUGCAUCAGAGGAGGAAAUCCUCCUCUUCCUCUCCACACUCCCCUCUCCCCGGUGGCUCCCCAAACCCCAGCCCCCACUUCCCCAAGUACAAGCUGGAAGACAUCUUGGAGCAGUUUAAGAACUCAGGCAACAGCAGCACUAAUAACCACCACCUCCUAAUCCCAUCUAACCCCUCCUUACUGACCAACCAAAGCAGUAGCAACCCUAAUGCUCUCUCCUCUAAGCCCUCGAAGAGUACCGUAAGUCUGAGUCCGAGCGCAGGUCCACCAGGUUUUGGGUUGAACUCCGCAGGGACUUCUAGUUUACCUCUGGGUCCAUUUCUGAACCACCACCACCACAGCCAUCAGGGCAAGCUGCCACACCCAGCUUCUUUCCCCGCGAGCAGCCUGCUUUCUGCGGCUGCGAAGGCUCAGCUGGCUCACCAGAUAACCCAGGGCCAGAGCUCAAAGGUCGCCAGCAACUCGGUGAGCUUGGAGGUUUUGAAGGAGGCACAGCAGCAACAGUCAUCAAAGGUAACAAACAGCACUUUACAUAACAGCCACCCUCCCUCCUUCAAUGCUUCUACUAGGCCUCCCCAUCCCUCCCUUGCAGCAGCCUCCUCUGUCCUUUUUCCUCCAUCCCACUCUCUGGCCCAGUCCCUGGCUUCCUCCUUGCCCCACCUGCCUCCCGCAGCAGAGCGCAAUGCGUCUCACAGGAAGAGGCAGCGGCGAUCUCCCACAGUGCUCAGCAUGCUGAGAGACACCCAGCAGCUGGCUAAUGGGCCGCGGAACACCCCACCAGGAGACGCAGGUUCUGCUACAGUCAUCAACCUAUCCUCCUCUUCCUCUUCCUUCCCCUCCUCCUCGCACUCCUCCUCUACCUCAGCUGUGCAGAACCAGAACGCUGUCAUGUUAGAAAACCAUCAUCAUCUCCUCGGGCAGACGCCAAGGCUCCCCGCUUCCCGACAGAUGGCACACAUUUCCAGACCUCCGAGGCAAACUGAGGCUCUGGAUUUCACUACAGGCCCGACAACUACACCUCUUGGCUUGGAUCCUCCAACCCAGCCUCUGUCUGCACUCUUGCACCUGCUCAGUGUGCAGAACGCACAGGCCUCCGCAUCGAACUCUGCUUCAGCUCAGCCAGGAUCUGUGUCUACUGAAGGAGGCGGACACACUAAUAAACAGAGCCCCAGACGCUCGCCCUCUUCUCCCGCCCCUCAUUCUAACGUCAGGCACCUACAGACUCGGUCACCGUGCCGAACCGGUAACACUAAUCCUCUCCCCUCGGUGCUACAGACGCUUUCUCCUCCCCCCACUUCCUCUCAGUUCAGAUCAGUGCAUUCUCCAUCGCGUCCUCAGUCUACUAAAUCGAGUCCUCUACAGAGACAUUCUCCUUCUUCUACAGUGCUGUUCAACUCACAUUUAGCUUUACACAACAGCAGCAGCCCAUCUCGGCAUAUGUUCCUGACUGCCUCGGACAAACAUCAACCGACUGAGAAUCACAUUCCUACAAUAGACUCUGUUUCCCAGACACCAUCGCGGGAAACGGAGAAUGGUAGUAACAGCACAUCGACAUCAGUGGACCUGAGUCAUUCUCAAGGCUGUGUUUCUAUGGCGAUAUCCAGCUCCCCGAAGCCUCUUGAUCUUAGCAACCAUGUCCUGGCUCUUCUCGCAGCAUCUUCCACUUCACCCCAGGGGGAGGGCAGCUCCUCCAACCGUACCGCUGAUGUUGUGAUGUCCUCCCAAGGAAAUCCCACUGCAGGGCCAGAGGAGCCUCGAUGUGUGGACCCCAAGGUUUCCAUAGUGACCAAACCUCCAGCAUCCCCAAUCUCCUCUCGUCUCGGGGAUAAUCACAGUCCUCAUACACCUUCAGCUGUGGGCGACUCAACCUCUCACUUACCUCUGGCAGAGGCCUUCCCCUUCAUGAACCAAGAGCAGCUGCUUCAGCUGCUGUCAUCCACAGGAGGUCUGCCAUCCCUCCUGGACCCUGCGGUUCUGGCUUCGUUGCCCCUCGGGGGGCUGUGGUUGGGAGGGCAACAUGCACAGAUACCCCCUGCCAAUGCUACACAACCACCACAGACUCUUGCAGAGCAGCAGCAUUCAGAGCAGCAGCAGUUACUGAUACAACAACAGGAGACGCAGCAGCAGGAUCAACAGCAGAAGCACCAACAGAUGAACAACAAUCCUCUGUUUCCCUUGUUGCCCUUGUUGAGUGGUGCCCAAGGGGAGCUGCCUCUGAACCUUUUGGGCCUGCUAAACCCGCUCGCAGGCUCAACCCCUACCCCAGGUCAGGAGGCUGAUUUAGGGCUAACCGAAAAACCUAGCCUUCAGGCUCUGUUGAUGGCCUCCUUGUUGCUCGGGCAGCAGCAAACGCCUUUGUUACCUCUAUCCGGGCUGGGUCAGUUGAGCCAGGUCAGCUUGGAAGUUCCUCUCCAGCAGCCACAGCACAUCCCCACCACGUUGGAGGGCCUCACCUUGGAUAAGACCUCUGGCCUCCUGGAUCCAUCAGCCCUAUCGGCCGCGGGGCUCUUGGAGGUUGCCCAGGGCCUUCUCCCCAUUCCUCCAGGAGCUGAGGGCACUAUCCAAGCCCUGCAGUCUCUGCUCCUUUCUGCCACUCUCCCUCCUCCCCACGCAGCCUUCCUGCCCCUCAGCCCUGCCUUGCUCACUGCUGCCCUGAACUCUGCCGAGCUCCACCCACCUCCCCACACCCAAUUAGCUCCUGCACAGCAAACCCAACAUUCCCAACCUCAGGUACCUACUGAUGCUGGUGUUGACACCCUCAUCCCUCUAUCUCUCCAAGGCAAGGACAACCCCAUCCUCCAACAGUUACUGCCCUCUUUGCUUAACUCUGCUGUAUUAGGGGAUCUUUCCGGCCUCACAGGCCUCCACAGCAUGCUGGGGAUUGGAGCAGGUUCCAUCCUCCAGACCUCAGCUUUGGGCAUGCCUCUGCUGCAGGGUCCUGAUGGAGCUAUCAACCUGCUCAACAACAUACAGCUAAACCUUGCACCACCCUCACAAGGAGAGAAGCCAAUGUCAUUGCAGGAAACGCAAAGCCCUUCCCGACAGGAAGACAUUCCAGCCAGUCAGAUGGCUCCCAGUCCUGCUCCAGUUUCAGCCCCUGCACAUGAACACCCCCCACCUCCACAGCGGGUAUCUGAGGGCAGGCCUGUCAUCGAUCCUUACACCUCUUUCAUGGACACAAUUUAUACCUCCUUCCUUCAAGUCAGUGCUAAAGAGCAGGAAGGUAGGGCCCACAUGGGGCCAUCUGACCCCACUUCACCUUUCUGUGCCUUACCACCAGUUUCUUUCCCCGUGGAACACCAAACCCCGUCCACCCUUGUCCCUACUCUGCCCCAGGCAAGUGCCCCAGUCUCCCUCAGCCCACGUCGGGCCUGUUCUCUCCGCAACCUAGACUUAUCCCGACUCAGCUUGGAAGCAGCAGCCCAUUCCCCAGCACAGGGGACGCCCAAACCUACCGAGGAUGGCUCUAUGUCACCCUUGCAAAGGAAACCGGUUAUGGUAGAGAGACAUACCCACCCAGAGCCUCCUCUGCCAUCCAUAUACUUGGAAGAGGCUAAGACAGACUGUACUGGGCCUGCUGCCGCUGUGUGCCCCUAUGUGGAGGCAGGGGUAGAUAGGCAGGGGCAUCUUCCGCAUGCAGGGUACCUCAGUCCCAGGGAUGGAUGCAGUGGGAGGACCAAUGAGGAGACAGCUGGGACAUUGCUGCACAAUGACCAGGGAAGAGAUCAAGCGGGAGCUGCGGGUGGAGCCAGAAGAGGAAGGAAAAGGAAACAAACGCUACAGAAUGUGUUAGAGGACUUCAGAGACAUGGAUGCUACAGCACUAGAGGAAACCAAGGCUACGACAGCACUGCUGAAGCCCGAGAGGUCAGUCCGCGGCAGGAGGCGACGAGGCGCCAGGUCUCAGAGGCAGUGAUUGGUGGAGGGAGCUGUAAGUCGGAGCUGUUCCCCAAUCAAAGGCGGCCAGACGCCUCACUAUCCCCCUCCAUCUUCACCACUGUUUAGACCUUUCUUUUAUUAAUUCAACUGCACUAAUAUUAUGCCGUUGUCAUGUCAACCAUUGUUAUGACAACCACUAUGAAAAAAAAACGCAUAGGAGAGAGAUCUAGUCUGAAAAGUUGAUUUUAUAAAAAGUGGAAAAAAUAAAUUGGAGUGGACACUGUUUCACUUCUCUUAGGUCUAGUUCACAAACUAAUGGUUGCUUGACAUUGUGACCAGAGAUCUGUUGAUUAUGGUUGGUGUUAUAUCUGUAAGAAAACAAGAGUGCUGUUUUCUUCUCAUCAGUGUACAACUGUGAGUCAGGAUAAAGCGCAACUACUUCAACAAUGCUCUCUGUUAAAAGUGUGUCUGUACGUGUGUGGAUGUAUGUGUCUUUUUAUGUGUCAGAGUGUGUGUUGGACAACAGUGCUGUUGCUGAGCCCCUCACUGUCCGACCGUUAGUGAAAUUAAUUUUCAUUCUAGUCUACGAGACCCUGUCCGUUUGUAAGAUACAGGGCUCUUUGCAGAGACACACGGGGGUUGUAGUUCAAAGAAAUGUUUUUGAAGGUUUUUCAGAAGGUGCUAGAAGAGAAUUUAAGAAGGAACAGACUUGAGGGUUUUUUUUUUCUUUCACAGUAUAAAACAACUUUUAUAAGGAACAAGCCAAGGAAAUAAUGUUGAAUCAGUUUACAUCAACCACUGGCCACACACACAAAAGUGUUUCACUCGUCCUGAGAUGAUCCUUAAUGGUUUGUACAUCACUAAUGAACUGAGAAAAGUUAUUUUGUACAACUCUUCAAAUCCUGUCGUAACACGUCCGGCAGGUCAGUAAGAUUAAGGGAAUCUACUUUUUGACAAAUGUGGAACAAUUCAGAAAAAACUUUAAGCCUCAUUUUCUUUGCAUUUUGCCAACCCACUGUCACAUGCUGUCAUCUGUUGCUGUGAAGAAGUCCAUGUAGCUGUGGUGUGAUGGAGAAUAUUUAAUAUCUGUCAACACAAACCUUCACCCAUCAGCCAUGAGAUAAAUGUCUGGUAAAGGAAUUGGAUUUUGAAAUGGAAUAUUUGCAAGAAUCCCAUGUUUAUGCAAAGUAUCAAAGUAUGUCCUUUGAUUGGUUGAACGAAUGGCUGGAAAAUUUAAACACGGGGAGCAAUGACGUCUCACAUGUCCGUGUGUUGCUGUGGAUUUGGAGUAAUAUCUUCCCUCUGUCUCCUCAUGUCACUGUUCAAGCUCUCCUCCACACACUGCCCUGCCCCAAGAGUACUGGCAUCUCUUGCUGUAUUUAAAAAAAUAAAUAAAAAAAGAAUAAAGAAAAGUGAAAAAGAAAGCAGAUUAUGCAAUUUCUACACUUGGAGAUUUGUACAUAUGUAUAGUUAAUGUGUUUUAUUUUGAUUUUAUAUUGUUAGAGAAAGAGACGAGAGAAAACAAUGAAUUGUGAAUUUUUCUGGGAAUUGUAAUUAAGUAUUUUUCUCAUUCUACCCCUUGCUUUCAAUACUUAUGUUUAAAAAGACGAUUAAAUUGUGGACUGUAGCUUUCUUUUUUAUAUGGGAGUCUUUUUUUAUUUAAUAUUAAACUAUUUACAGAAAAUGUA